UUCUGCAGUAUAUAAGACAGGCAGACCUCACCUCAGAGACAACUUGCAUCCUCUCUACCUACGCUACAUCAUCCACCCAUCCAUCGAUCCCAAGUCAACAAAGAAGAGAGAGUAGGAGGAGAAACAGAGAGAAGAGACAAAAACGACCAAGCAGAGGACAGUCAAACAUCCAAGGAAGAGUUGAACCACAGAGAGAGUGAAGACAGACAGACAAACACACAGACAUGCUCUCCAAAGUACAGAGAUCCUUCAGACCUGUGUCUGUUACACUGAGACGACUCCACAAGUCAGCCCUGGAUGUGGUAGAGCAUCCAGCCCCAGAGGACAGUGUGACGGCCAGUUUUGGCAGGUUCAUCCAGGGUGUCCAGCCCCACCAGCUGACCCCCACCCUGCUCCACCGCAGUAAGAGGAUGGUCCUAGACUCCAUCGGAGUGGGACUACUGGGCAGCACCACACAUGUCUUCCAGCUGGCCCUGCAACACUGUCAGCACAUGUACGGUCCUGAUGUCAUCAGCAGUGUCUACGGACGCAGAGGAACCAGACUCUCCCCAACCCUGGCUGCCUUCGUCAACGGAGUGGCCGCCCACUCCAUGGACUUUGAUGACACUUGGCACCCUGCCACUCACCCGUCAGGGGCAGUCCUUCCUGCCCUGCUGGCGGUCAGCGAUAUGCUGCCCAGUAACAGCAAGCCUAGCGGGCGGGACUUCCUGCUAGCGUUCAAUGUGGGUAUAGAGGUCCAGGGGCGACUGAUGAGGUUCUCCAACGAGGCUCACAACAUCCCCAAGAGGUUCCACCCCCCGACUGUUGUGGGUACUCUGGGUAGUGCAGCAGCCUGCGCCCGCCUCCUCUCUCUGGAACGCUCCCAGUGUAGCCACGCCCUGGCCAUCGCUGCCAGCCUAUCAGGAGCCCCCAUGGCUAAUGCCGCCACCCAGUCCAAACCCCUCCACAUCGGCAACGCGGCGCGGCUGGGGCUUGAGGCGGCUCUACUGGCCUCUAGAGGUCUGGAAGCCUCACCCAGGGUCCUGGAUAACACUGCCGGGGUCGCAGGGUUCAGCGCCUUCUAUGAGGACUACGCCCCACGACCUUUGGCCUCCCCAGAGGAAGAGGGGUUGCAGUUCCUCCUAGAGGACCAGGAUAUAGGGUUCAAGAGGUUCCCGGCCCACCUGGGGAUGCACUGGGUGGCCGACGCUGCUGCCGCCGUACACAAACUGCUGCUGGGGGAGCAUGGGUCAGGGGGGAGGGGUCAAGGGUCAGGGGUUGUAGGUCAGGUCCAGGACAUCCUGCUCAGGGUUCCCCGCUCCAAGUACAUUGAUCGUCCGUUCCCGGAGUCGGAGCAUGAGGCCAGACACUCCUUCCAGUUCAACGCCUGCUCUGCCCUGCUGGACGGAGAGGUCACCGUGGACUCAUUCUCCCAGGAAGCACUGCAGCGCCCCGACCUCUACUCCCUGCUGGGGCGUGUCCACGUCGAGCAUCCCCAUGACAACCCCGCUAACUUUGACCGCAUGUACGGCGAGGUGCAGGUGACGCUGGUGGGCGGGGACGUCCUGAAGGGACGCUGUGAUACUUUCUAUGGUCACUGGCGUAACCCGUUGACCAAUGAGAGCCUGAGGAAGAAGUUCCGUAGCAACGCUGGGGUGGUUCUUCCCAGAGAGAAGGUGGAGGGUCUGAUAGAGGCUGUAGAGGGACUAGACAGACUGGAGGACUGCUCUCCUCUGCUGGAGCAGCUACAGUGAUCACACACACCAUAUCAAAGAACUCCUGACCAGCUGAUGUUUCUGCAUUUUACAUCAUGUUAACACUUUACACUGUGAGCCGAGUUACAAUGAAGAAUCCACUUCCAAUGUGAGGGAAGAGACAAUUAAAUUAUUUAAAGAAUCAAAGCUAAAUUAAGUUAAAAUUAAGUAUCUACUUCCAAUGUGAGGGAAGAGACAAUUAAAUUAUUUAAAGAAUCAAAGCUAAAUUAAGUUAAAAUGAAGUAUCUACUUCCAAUGUGAGGGAAGAGGGAGAGUCUAUAGGUGAUUAACUUAAGCUUCACAUUAAAUUAUCUAAAGAAUCAAAGCUAAAUGAUUAAGUACUGUAUCAUUUACAUGACCCCAAUAGGGUCCCUGUGUUUCCUUGACAACGUAUCUCUACAGUCCUAAGUGGAUGUUGACAAUAACAACAAUUCAUUUGAAGGAUGGACGUGUAUGUACAUACGAAUUUAUGAUGAAGUUUAUUUUCUAUUUUGUUCAACUGUCUUGUAUUCUAUCAAACAUGUAUAUUAUUCUGAUUCUAUACUUGAAUCUUCAUUAAAUAAAAAUAUUCACUAUACUAAUUAUA